AACAACUCACACAUUCUUUAUUUUCCCGGCAAGAAUCGCUCAAGAACCCUAAUCUCACUCAACGGUUUAUAGUUCCCGCUAGCGCCAAUAUUGACUUGUCAUCGAAACCCUCCUGUUUAGAUAGCUGCUACAGUGCAUAGUGGCUUUUGCGUUCUUUGAUGGCGGAGGAUCGGAACGGUGAUGGCAAUGAGGUAAGUGAUUAUACUUCGGAGGACGAAGGGACCGAGGACUACAGACGAGGAGGUUAUCACGCCGUUCGAAUUGGUGACACUUUCAAAAAUGGGUGCUACGUGGUGCAAAGCAAACUCGGCUGGGGUCAUUUUUCUACUGUCUGGCUCGCUUGGGAUACCCAGAGAUCGCGUUAUGUAGCCCUAAAAAUUCAAAAGAGUGCCCAGCGCUACACCGAAGCUGCAAUGGAUGAAAUAAAGAUUCUCAAACAGAUUGCUGAAGGGGAUUUGGAUGACAAGAAAAGUGUCGUCAAGCUUUUGGAUCACUUCAAGCAUUCAGGACCUAAUGGCCAGCAUGUGUGUAUGGUUUUUGAAUUCUUGGGCGACAAUCUGCUGACCCUUAUAAAGUAUAGUGAUUACCGGGGGAUUCCUAUCUCAUUGGUUAAAGAAAUUUGUUUCCAUAUUCUGGUGGGAUUGGAUUACUUGCAUCGUGAGCUAUCUGUAAUACACACAGAUUUGAAGCCAGAGAAUGUCUUGCUUCUGUCAAUGAUAGAUCCAUCCAAAGAUCCUAGAAAAUCAGGUGUUCCGCUUAUCCUUCCAAAUACCAAGGAUAAGGCCAUUUCCAAACAUGGGGCCGCAAAAGACAGUAAUAGUUCAAAAGGGGAUUUGACCAGGAACCAGAAAAAGAAAUUGCGGAAAAAGGCUAAAAAGGCUGCUCAAAGUUGUGUUGAGAAGGAGAGUCCCAAGGAAGGUGAAGAGGAUUCUAAACCACCUGAAGUAAAAGAUUGUGGUGAUGAUGGGGAACUGAUUGUGGAAUCUUUUGAAGAUAAAUCUAGUAGUCUUGUAACCAAAGAUGAAUCAAUUGAACUUGUUGAAACCAAGGACAUCCCAAAAGGUAUUCAUGGUCAACUGAGAGUUAGUCGUUCCAUGAAAAAAAAGUUGCUUGCUGCUGUUGAUCUUAAAUGCAAGCUGGUUGAUUUUGGAAAUGCCUGUUGGACUUAUAAGCAAUUCACGAAUGAUAUUCAGACAAGGCAGUAUAGGUGUCCUGAGGUUAUUCUUGGGUGCAAAUAUUCAACUCCGGCUGAUUUAUGGUCUUUUGCUUGCAUUUGCUUUGAGCUUUCCACAGGUGAUGUUCUUUUUGAUCCCCACAGUGGUGACAACUAUUCAAGGGAUGAGGAUCAUUUGGCAUUGAUGAUGGAACUUCUUGGAAUGAUGCCUCGCAAGAUUGCUCUAGGCGGUCGCUAUUCUCUCGAGUUUUUUAAUAGACAUGGUGAUUUAAGGCACAUCCGCCGGUUGCGUUUCUGGCCUCUUAGUAAGGUGCUGAUGGAGAAGUAUGAUUUUGGUGAGCAAGAUGCAAAUGACAUGGCUGACUUCCUUGUUCCGAUGCUUGAUUUUACCCCCGAAAAGAGGCCAACAGCUGCUCAGUGCCUUAAUCAUCCAUGGAUCUCUGCAGGUCCUCGGACUCUUGAACCCUCAGUGACUACUGUCCAGUCUGAUGCCACAGACAAGGUAGUGCCUGAAAAGAUGGAGGAAAAGGCUGAGUUGGGGGCAGUUGAAGCUGGUGUGCGGAAUAUAACUAUUGAUGGAUCUCCAAAGGCACUCAAAGAUUCAUAGGCUACAUGGUUAGCAGAAUAGAUGCGAAGUAGCGCAUGUCAUAACAACUCCUGUGGCGCACUAUGUUAUGGGAUUGAGAUUCUCUAAAUUUCCGAAAGAAGUUUACUGUUUGGAGUCAAAUAUAAUGGGCUUAAUUCCCGCUUAUUUCUAACGCGAGUCACAUCAAUGAUCUUUUUCAGAGGAACUUGGAUGAUCUCAAUCCUCGAAUGUGGGAGUUAUAUUUGACUUCACAUUUACAUAGAAUGGACUACGUGAAGAAGGUUUUGAUUUUGGUAGCCCGUCAUAGGGUGAGGACAACACGACCGCUGCUACGGACUUGUUAGGGGAUUGCAGGUUGUCUAACUCGGCCAUCACCACAUUCAAUAGAUCUGGCACAGUACGUUUUACAAUUUGUUUCUGGAGGUUGAGAUGGGAAUGCCUCUCCAGAUUAUUGAGAUUUUUUUUUUCUUUUACGAAUGCUGUGUUUUAAGGCUUUGAGUUGUACUUGAAUGCAUUUUUCAAAUGUGAAAACCCUGUGAAUUUUUGGUAUUCUUCUAUCUUUAAUAUAAGAUCUAUUUAA